AUGGCUGUGAGAGAUAUUUAUGAUGGAGGAAACUAUCUUGUUCUAGUAACAACCGACAGGCAAAGUGCAUUCGACAGAGUUCUUGCUUCAAUUCCCUAUAAGGGCCAGGUACUCAAUGAGACAAGUUUGUGGUGGUUUAGUAAAACUCAUCACAUUAUUCCAAAUGCAGUUGUGUCAUCUCCAGAUAGGAAUGUUACUAUUGCAAAGAAAUGUUCUGUAUUUCCUGUCGAAUUUGUUGUUAGGGGUUAUGUGACUGGAAGUACCGAUACAUCACUUUGGACUGUCUACCAAAAAGGUGUUCGAAACUAUUGUGGGAAUGCUCUUCCUGACGGUAUGGUGAAAAACCAAAAAUUGCAUGCAAAUAUACUCACACCAACUACUAAAGCUGAAGAUCAUGAUGUUCCCAUAACGCCAGAAGAGAUUGUUAAGAGUGGACUGAUGACUCAAGAUGAUUAUGAUGAAGCAAGUAAAGCUGCAUUGAGCCUGUUUGAGUUUGGUCAGGUACUCAAUGAGACAAGUUUGUGGUGGUUUAGUAAAACUCAUCACAUUAUUCCAAAUGCAGUUGUGUCAUCUCCAGAUAGGAAUGUUACUAUUGCAAAGAAAUGUUCUGUAUUUCCUGUCGAAUUUGUUGUUAGGGGUUAUGUGACUGGAAGUACCGAUACAUCACUUUGGACUGUCUACCAAAAAGGUGUUCGAAACUAUUGUGGGAAUGCUCUUCCUGACGGUAUGGUGAAAAACCAAAAAUUGCAUGCAAAUAUACUCACACCAACUACUAAAGCUGAAGAUCAUGAUGUUCCCAUAACGCCAGAAGAGAUUGUUAAGAGUGGACUGAUGACUCAAGAUGAUUAUGAUGAAGCAAAUCAUUGCAAUCCGUACGAGGACGAGGUAUUGCCUGAUGCACCGGAAGAACUCGUUUCUGAACUGGCUUGGAGAUAUAUCCUCUUAUACGAGACGAUAACAAAAUCAAAGUUUGAGAUUCCUUUGACAAAGGAACCCAUACACGACAGAAUAUCUCGUAAUCUUUCACAUGCACUUUCGACUCUUCCCUAA